GACCAUGACCCUGUGGCACGGGUGCCUCUCUCGGUGUGUCUGGCCUUGGUGGCGUGCGCCUGCUUCCCUACUGUUUCCAUUCAUCCAAAAAUCCUGCCAAGAUGUCUAAACCGCUGUCCGACUAUGACAGGAGGAAACAGAUUUCAGUGCGGGGCCUUGCUGGCGUUGAAAAUGUUGCUGAAUUGAAGCAAAACUUCAACAGGCAUCUCCACUUCACAAUGGUCAAGGACAGGAAUGUGGCGGGAGUGAGAGAUUACUACUUUGCUCUUGCCCACACUGUGCGGGAACACUUGAUUGGCAGGUGGAUCAGAACCCAGCAGCACUACUAUGAGAAAGAUCCAAAACGUGUGUACUACAUCUCUCUAGAGUUCUACAUGGGCCGCAGCCUUCAAAAUACCAUGGUCAACCUUGCUUUGGAGAAUGCCUGUGAUGAGGCCAUGUACCAAUUGGGUCUGGAUAUGGAGGAACUGGAGGACAUGGAGGAAGAUGCCGGUUUGGGCAAUGGUGGACUUGGCCGCCUCGCAGCCUGCUUCUUGGACUCCAUGGCUUCACUGGGUCUGGCAGCCUACGGUUAUGGUAUUCGCUAUGAGUUUGGCAUCUUCAAUCAGAAAAUUGUCAACGGCUGGCAGGUUGAGGAGGCUGAUGACUGGCUGCGCUAUGGCAACCCCUGGGAGAAGGCCCGCCCCGAGUACACACGUCCAGUACAUUUCUAUGGCAGAACAGAUCAUCGCCCAGAUGGUGUCCAAUGGGUUGACACUCAGGUGGUUUUGGCUCUGCCGUAUGACACCCCUGUCCCUGGCUACAGAAACAAUGUUGUCAACACCAUGAGGCUGUGGUCUGCUAAGGCACCCUGCGAGUUCAACCUUAAAGACUUCAACAUCGGUGGCUACAUUCAGGCUGUUCUGGACAGAAAUGUGGCCGAGAACAUCUCCCGUGUACUUUAUCCUAACGACAAUUUCUUUGAGGGAAAGGAGUUGCGUCUGAAGCAAGAGUACUUUGUGGUGUCUGCCACCCUGCAAGACAUUAUCCGCCGUUUCAAAGUCUCUAAGUUUGGCUCCAGGGAGAUUGCCCGUACAGACUUCAGCAAACUGCCAGACAAGGUUGCAAUCCAGCUGAAUGACACCCACCCCGCUUUGGCCAUUCCAGAGCUGAUGAGGGUUCUGGUGGAUGUGGAGAAACUGGAAUGGGAUAUGGCCUGGGACAUCUGUGUGCGCACUUGUGCCUACACAAAUCACACGGUGCUUCCUGAAGCUUUGGAGCGGUGGCCUGUUGACCUGUUUGCUCACCUGCUGCCUCGUCACUUGGAAAUUGUCUAUGAGAUCAACCGGCGCCACCUGGAGAAAGUUGCUGCUAAAUUCCCUAAUGAUAAUGAUCGCUUGCGGAGAAUGUCCCUCAUUGAGGAAGGUGGACAGAAGAGGAUCAAUAUGGCCCACCUGUGCAUUGUAGGUUCUCAUGCUGUCAACGGCGUGGCCCAGAUCCACUCUGACAUCCUUAAAGACACUGUUUUCAAGGACUUCUAUGAAAUGGAGCCACAUAAGUUCCAGAAUAAAACCAACGGCAUCACACCUCGCCGCUGGCUGGUUAUGUGCAACCCGGGCCUGGCUGAGGUCAUUGCUGAGAGAAUUGGCGAGGACUUUAUCCGUGACCUCGACCAGCUGAGAAGUCUGACCAGGUUUGUGAAUGAUGAAGCCUUCAUCCGUGACAUUGCUAAAGUGAAGCAGGAAAACAAGCUGAAGUUUGCCAUGCACUUGGAGGAGCACUACAAAGUGAAGAUCAACCCCAACUCCAUGUUCGACAUUCAAGUUAAAAGAAUCCACGAGUACAAGAGGCAGCUGCUCAACUGUCUGCACAUCAUCACCUAUUACAACCGUAUCAAGAAAGAGCCAAACAAGCAGUGGACCCCAAGAACAGUCAUGAUUGGAGGAAAAGCCGCUCCUGGAUACCACACAGCCAAGAUGAUUAUUCGGCUGAUCACAGCCAUUGGCGAGGUGGUAAACAAUGACCCUGUGGUUGGGGAACGUCUCAAAGUCAUCUUUUUGGAAAACUACAGAGUCACGCUGGCUGAGAAAGCGAUCCCAGCAGCUGACCUGUCAGAACAGAUCUCCACAGCUGGCACUGAGGCCUCUGGCACCGGCAACAUGAAAUUCAUGUUGAACGGCUCUCUAACCAUCGGCACGAUGGAUGGAGCCAACGUUGAGAUGGCUGAGGAGGCUGGCGAGGACAACCUGUUCAUCUUUGGCAUGAGGGUGGAAGACGUUGAUGCACUUGACAAGAAAGGAUACCAUGCUGAAGAGUACUACAACCGUCUGCCAGAGCUGAAACAGGCUAUUGACCAGAUUUCUGGAGGAUACUUUAACCCAAAGCAGCCUGACCUAUUUAAAGAAAUUGUCAACAUGUUGAUGCAUCACGACAGAUUUAAGGUGUUUGCUGACUAUGAAGACUAUAUUAAAUGUCAGGAGAAAGUCAAUGAACUUUACAAGAACCCCAAGGAAUGGACCAAGAAGGUGAUCUACAACAUUGCCGGAUGUGGCAAGUUCUCCAGCGAUCGCACCAUUUCCCAGUAUGCUCGCGAGAUCUGGGGCAUGGAGCCCACACUGGAGAAACUGCCUGCCCCUGACGACAAGCAGUGAAGAGUGGCGUUAACAUCCCGCAACCCCAACCCUUGCCACCGGUCACCUCAGAUACAUUUACAACCUACAUGAUACUGUGGGUUCUCAUGCAAAAUUGUUGGUAUGGUUCUGUUUACAUCCACAAUACCUGCUUAUACACUAAUAAGUUUACACGAUUCGUUACUGACAGAAGAGCUUUAUGGUGGAUUUACUGGUGAUUUUUUUUUAAUCUAAAAAGUGUAUGUACUCUCAGAUCCAUUCUGAAUAAAUUUGAUUCCUGAGUACCAUA